AUUCAUGAGAAAAAAGGGACAAGCAUUCCCUGUAUUCGUGUUUUCAUCUUCAAGCUCUGAAUCUGAUCUUCAACUUUACUCGACGAAAACCUUAUACGAGGUUGUUCUCGGUUUCUUCUUCUAGAUCAGUCCGAUCAUCUUCCGGUGAGAUUAUUACGGUCCUAGCUACGGCAUACGUGAACCAUGCGUUCUCGAUUUCGGACGAGGACAUCAUGACCGGGACUUCGUACACCAUCAAUAACCGACCUCCGGUGAAGGAGAUCUCUCUCGAUGUCGCUCUCCUCGUGUUCGUAAUCCUUCUUCAUGGUGUACAACGGAGUAGGCGGUGAUCGAGGCCACGGUGUGGAUUCUUUUGCUAAUUUUAACCUUUGAGGGAUUGUCGAUCAUGCUUGAGUUCCUCUGAUUAUGUCUAAGUUUACUGAAAACCUAUUCCAUGAUUUGGAGGGAAGAUGCUCGAGUUAAGCUAGAUUCAUGGGUAUUAGCUCGGGAUUUGAUUGAUUUAGUUGCUCCUGCUUUUGGUAAAUUUGGCAACAUGUGAAGGUACUUCAGGAAUUUUCCUAAGACAUGAGGGGAUCUAGGCAAUAUCUUGUGGACUCUGUUUCUGUCUGAGAUUGUCUUUCUGUUUGUGAUCAUCUGGAUUUCCUUUAUAUGGUCGUAGAUGGGAACUUUAUGCUUCAUUUCUUCUCAGAAUGGUCAAAAGGGUAGGAUUUUUUUCUGCAAAGUGAAGAAAUUUCUUCAACCAAUCUCAUAUUUUGAUUGAAUUUUCCACCAAUAAGUGUUUGAAAAUAACCUUGGCUUGAAAUACCUCUUCAAGUUACUUUGAAUGAGUUACUCUGAUCUUGUCUUCUACUAGAAACUCGGAUGGAUAGAUCAUUGAUGCACUUUACACCUCUCCAACCGAAUUAUACUGUAACGAACUGAACUCUGUGUCAACAUUAUUCGGCAUAGCAAAGAUGAUCAUUUCAAUUGUAAGAAUCACUUCUUUCUCAUUGUUCUGAUCAACUGAACAUUCAAAGAAUAUAUUGGGGGUUCUAACAUGCAGAACAAGACUACUUUCUUUUUAGGUCAUAUGACCUUUGGUGAUAGAUAGCUCAUCGUUUGAUUGAUGUUGAAUUCAUGGAUUUUCUUUGUGGUAUUGGGAUGUAUUCUGUUUAUCCCGGGGUUUACUAUACACGGAUUGCUUAUUACGCUUACAAAGGAUACAAAAAGUUUCUCCUUUUCAAACAUACCUCCUGUUUAGAGCCCUUGGAAGUUGGAAGAUAUGCCCCCAAUCUCCUUCUCAAUUUAUAGUUUAGUUCUUUCUCACUGGAGUUCAUACCUUGAUUGAAUACUGCAUUUUUCUGUAGAUUAGAUGAUUGGAUUCCACGUUUGAGAUAUAUGCUUUUUCUUGUAAUUCUCGUUCCAUAUUAAUUUUUUUUGGGAUAAUUAGUCUUGGAGAUAUAUAUAUAUAUAUAUGCGAAUUGCAAAGAGUAACCUUGAAAAUGCUUUGUGGACUCUAUUGGUAAAUUCCUUUAAUUUUCAAUGGAUAACCCCACCACCACAUGGGUUUUGUCUAUUUUCCAAUUGAUCCAAAGUUUAAUCGGUGAAACAAGAUAUUUUAACAUUUUUUCUAUUUCGAAUUCGAAUCUUUUAAGUAAGGGGAAAGUUAUUCAUAUGGACUGUCUCAAUUUUGAUCCAAGAUAUUCACUUAUAUAUAUAUAUAAAAAAAGUUGGUGCAAAUUGGCAUGUGGGUUGGGUUUGUGUACAUAUAUACGUGAUCGAAAUUGGCAGGUGGGUGUGUGUAUAGGGAUUGAUGGCGUUGACACUGUUUAGUGUCCCAUGGCACACUUUAGCAUGGUUCAGCGGAGCCAUCCCGUGACACUCCUUCACUAUCUGGUAGGUGUUUCAUAGGAGACUUCCGACGACUGAUCAUCUUGCUUGUUGGGAAUUCAGGUGCCGAAUAGAUGUAUUAUUUGCUGCAAGGAAGCUGAAUCUCAUAAUCACUUGUUCUUCUGGUGUGACUAUGGUGUGAUUAUAGUGCUGCAAUUUGGUCAUUCUUUGCAGGGAAAAUUGGCUGGAAUCCUCGCUGAAUGUUUACGAGUGCGUGCCGUGGAUAAGUCAGAUAGUUGCACCGACUCCAAAACCGGGGAAAAUCAUCAGGAAGCACCUGAUCCAGAUUGUUGUUUACGAGAUCUGGAGAGAACGAAAUAUCCACAUCUAUUGGGGUAAAUCAAAUUCAGCCCAACAGAUGCGUUUAAAGAUCGAUCGAGCCAUGAAAAUAUCUUCAUCUCCUUACAGAAAACUGACAUCCAAAGAAAGAUAUGUUUGAAUCCAUCCAACUUUGGUAUCGUAUUAGUUAGCAAUUUUAUUUCCAGAGAUCCGGACAAUUGUAACGCCGGUCGAGCUUCCGUCGCCGGAAUCCAUGUCGCCGCCCAAACGACUCCUCAUGAGCGUUCUCGAUCGAUUUCAGACCUGCAAGUUUCAUCUUCUCAAAUGUAGUUUGCAAAUGAGAGAGCGAGACUGCUAGUACCCUGAAUUCAAAAGAUUCGCAGUGAAAAUAGAAAAGCGUGACAUUCUAUUGUUAGAGAGCAUAACUCCGUGCCGUUUAUCAAAAUUUUAAACGACAUGAUUUUAAAACUCUGGAAGCUUCUAAGCCCUUUCUUCUCCAUUAACGCUUUGUACACCUCCAUCGAAGCUGCAGAGAUUGCUAGGGUUUAUUCUUCAGGGUUUUCCAUAUUCGCAUCGAGAAUCCCUACAAGGAACGAUGGUUUGGUUCCAGUGAAGAAGCCAAAGCUGCCGAAUCACUUCAGGAUCUACAGUGCCACCAGGGUUCGCCAAUAAUUCCAGAAAAAUUCUCUUCUUGCUGUACAGUUUCCAUGGAAACUGGUGCGUUUUCAUAUUUCAUCCGUUAAUUUUUCUGUUUAGCUUCAAUGGGUCAACAGUUGUCUUGCAUAGACGACUGUGGUGAAAUUUUCGGGCAACAUAGCGUUCAAGGACACAACCAAUGCAUCUCCGAGGCUGAGAAAUAUGGCCCGAAAGGGCAGUCGAAGCCAUCGAAUGGCGCACCGGCAAAAUCGAAACAACAGCCUGAUUUCGAUACUAAUGUCUGCUUACCUGACCGUCCUCCAUGGUUUUGUAGGCAUUGCCAUCUUUCACUUCCUCUGCUAUUUCCUUCUUUUAAACAGACUUCCGGAGGAGAUAAGAAAGAUCCAACUGGAAAUGCUUUCAAUGGUGAAUCAGGACGAAAGAAAGAAGAUUUACUUGCCACGAUGAACGGUGAGAGAAGAAAGCUUCAGAUUUUAGAUGAAACGGACAAUGGAGAAGUGAUUCAGGCCAGGGAAGAAGAAGAAGAACAAGAGCAAGAGUGAAAGAAUGAAUCAAAGCAAGCCAAACAGGAAGAUGAUGAAAAGAAAAUCAAGUGGAAGAAGUUAAUCACUUCAACCCUUAAACUUGUACGUAUAAUUCAUUCCCCUAGCUCCAUUUGCUUUAGUUUUUCUCCGAGCUCAUGAUAUUGUUGUGAUACUUCGUUACGUAAUUAUCAUAUGUGUUCAGUUCAUUUCCCACCAUUUUGAACUGUCAGAUCUCUGGACAACCUUUUGAAUGAGUAGUUUUGAUUCUUUUGAUCCAUUAUCA